AUGACUUCUUCGACUCAAAAAGACUUCGGACUUAGCGAGGAUGCUAUUCGCAAGCUAACCGAGGACGAAGUGAAAAGGAUUCAAGCCUUUUUAUCCUUUGUAAAUGCCCCGAACUACCUCGAACGAGCGUUUAAAAACUACGGUAUCGUUACCGAUUCGGAGAAGAAGCAAUGCUUUGCUGAGUACAAUAUCUCUAGCCCUUUCGAUUAUAACAUCCGUUGCAAUAUCGAGAGCUUCGGCGGCUUUUCGGACCCGAAAGUGACUUGGGACGACUUCAAAUCGAUGGUCAAGGAAGAGUACAAAGCUUUCGACCUAGCUAAUACUUAUGCCUUUCUUUUUUACCGCGCAAGCAUCAUCGCUGCAAGUUCGAUUACCUCGUUUAUCGAUCUUGACCUAAGGAUCGAAGCUUUUAUAAAACAGCUAGCGAAACUAUUAACAAAAGCUUUACAAAUACCAGAAUCAAUGCUACUUGUUUAUGCUUUAAUACGGACUAGCUUUUUAUUUCAACGAGGCGGACUUGAUCUUAAGGUUACUUUCGUUGAGCUAAUAGAAAUAGAUAAACCCGAGCUCGCUUAUACCGCGAUUCUUAACCGAAACGCUUCACGAUCGGAAGACUUACGGAAUCUGCCCGUUAUAUUGCUAAAAGCUUUUAAAGCUGCACUUAAGCUUAAGGCCAAGCCUUUUAAGACUGUCAAAUCAUACGAAAGGCUUGGCAAGGUGAUCUCUUUUUUAAGAAUAGACUACGAAGCGACUCGUAUUAAGCUCUUAAAAGGGCGCGAUUUGCCAAGGAACUUAACUCUUGAUAAGACUAUUGCGUUCUUCGCUGCUCCUUCUACUUUUAAACGAUCUUUUUCCGAAAGUGCAAAGGUCAGCGUUAUCACUUACGACGCCGCGGUUAAAUUCGAAGUCUUUAUAGCUUACGACCAAGAGAUAGGCCUUCGAACAAUCAUCGGUUCACUAUCGCGUUUUAUCGGAUACGCCGAUAAUAUGUCUAUCAACAUCGAAGACUUAGCUAAGGUGUUCGGCAUGUACAAGACUAAAGAUAAAAAGAUUAAGCCAAUUGACGAAGCAGACGGCGUAAAAGCAGCAUUAAGUGGCAAGGUAAGAGAAUACAAGCAAUACUUCUUUCCGCGCAUUGCCGACAUACCGAAAGGCUCUCGAAUCACACUCGAACGUAUAGCGAACCUGGAUGUCGGUAAUACACUACGGCUUAAAGAAAGGGAUUUGUUUAAGAAGAUGAUGCUAAGCAAAGAAAAAUCAAUCGCAUUCGCUUAA